AGUGAGGUUAGGAUAUUGUGGAGGGAACUGUGUGAAGUGACAUUCGGAACUUUCCUCAUCCUGUGGAUUACUAAUAUAAAUAAAAACUAUAGUGAUGUGUGUAUUUCGGUGAGAAAUUGUUUGUGACACAAACGUGUACCAUAUUCGUAGCUGUAAAUAAAACUAAGGAGUUAGAAAUCGUUUAUGAAGUAGGCAUACACAAUAUACGUAACUUUUAUUACGUUUUCAUAUAGUUUUCUUAUAAUUUGUUCGGGGUGGUGGUGGUGUGGUGACGUCAACGAUGACGUCCUUGUCAUCGUGUUGGACUUUAAGUUUCUUAUCAUUAGUUUCAGUGAUUAAAAUUCUGUGUAUAUUAGGACUGGUGACUGUUGGAUCUACAAGAAAUGCAGGUCACGUGAACUGGACUUCGACUACAGUACAGAAUUCAGGAGAUGGGUCAUUUUGCGCUCCCGGGAUGUUCCGCUGCCCAGAAGGCAAGUGCAUCCCUUCGCUGUGGGUGUGCAAUUACCAGAAAGAUUGCGAGAAAGGAGAAGAUGAAUUCCAGGCUUGUCCACCUCCCGACUGCGAGCCCGGGCAGCAGUCCUGUGGUCAGUACAUGUGGAACAAGACAUACUGCUUUCCUCCACACCACCGGUGCGACAUGACAGUUGACUGCGUCGAUGGUACAGACGAAGCAGAAUGCACGUAUCGAAAGUGCCAAACUGAGGACUUCCGGUGUGGUUCUAACUCGGGACCAUGUUUACCAAAGGAGAAAAAGUGUGAUGGUUAUUAUGAUUGUCGGAACCGAAGAGAUGAAGAGGGUUGUCCUCCAGAUCAUGGAGUGUCUUGUUCAUUAGAUCAGUUCCGGUGUGCCAACAAACAGCGCUGUAUUGACAACUUUCUGAAAUGCAAUCACCGGAAUGACUGUGGUGAUAACAGUGAUGAAGAGAAUUGCAAUUUUCCACCCUGCCAUGUGGGCCAGUUCCGUUGUGAGAAUGCGUUGUGCAUUCCCGCCAGUUUCCAUUGCGAUGGCUACAGAGACUGUCAAGAUGGUACCGAUGAACAGAACUGCACAGCUAUUGCUUGCCCAGGGAACAAGUUUUUGUGCCCCAAUGGAGGUCCGGGGGGAGUGCCUCGGUGCAUUCAACGUUCAUCCUUGUGUGAUGGAAAGAAGGAUUGUGAGGAUUCAGCAGAUGAGGAAACAGCAUGUUCUUCCAGUAGCUGCCCAUCUCUGGGAUGUGAGUAUAAGUGCCAAGCAUCGCUGACAGGUGGCAGCUGCUACUGUUCUGAUGGGCGACAAGUAGCAAACGACAGCCGGUCAUGUAUAGAUAAAGAUGAGUGUCGGGAAUGGGGCUACUGUCAUCAGCUGUGUGAGAACACUGAUGGCUCGUACCAGUGUUCCUGCAUGCCUGGAUACACACUUGUGGAUCGUUCCCAAUGUGUAGCUCCCAAUAGCUCUUCACUUUUACUAUUCUUUGCUCAUGACCAUUCUGUCUGGCGCAUGACAGCACAAGGCCAUGACAUUCAGCUCGUAGCAAAUACAACUGGUGCCAGUGGCCUGGACUUUCACUACAGGCGCAAUCAGCUCUUCUGGUCUGAUGUAAAAACUCGAAAGAUUCAUUCACAGCCACUACUGUCAGCUGUAUCAUCAGUUUCAUCUGAUACUGACAUCACAUUACCUGGAACAUGGGCUCCAGUUGCGAUUGCAGUGGAUUGGGUGGGUGACAAAUUGUAUGUAGCAGAUGCUAUCGGACAGAAAGUGGAUGUCUUUGAGCUUGAUGGUCAUUGGCAUGCCAUUGUGCUUGGUAGCAACCUGAGCAGUCCAGCAGAUAUUGCACUGGAUCCAACAGUUGGGUACAUGUUCGUGGCUGACAGCACACAGGUUGUUCGUGCAAACAUGGAUGGUACAAAUGCCAUGGCCAUAGUCUCAGAAGCUGCAUACAAGGCAUCAGGUGUCGCAGUUGAUUUGAUAGCAAAGCGAGUGUUUUGGUGCGACUCUUUGCUUGAUUACAUUGAGACAGUAGACUAUGAAGGAAACAACAGGAUCUUAGUUGUUCGAGGUCAGACAGUACCGUCUCCUUCCCGUCUUACACUGUUUGAGGAUCGUGUUUAUUGGUCUGAUGGCACAAAACAGGGUAUUAUGAGUGUCGACAAAUAUCAGGGUCAGAACACCAUUCAGGUAGUGUACCGGAAAAGGGAAGUGAGGGAACCAAAGGGCGUCAAGGCUGUACAUGGACUGAUUCAGCCUUAUGCAUCAAACCCAUGUGGAAAUCAAAAUGGUAACUGUGACCAGAUGUGUAUUGUAACCGUUGGUGAUGGUGCUGGAAUGUUGGGCUAUCGCUGUGCUUGUAACAUCGGUUGGAUGCUUGGAAGUGACCAGCGGCGGUGUAACCUUAUUGAAGAAUUUCUAAUGUAUUCGCAGCAACGGUUCAUCAAAGGGCGAGUGUUGGAUCCUGUGAUUGAGGGAUUCAGUGAUGCCAUAAAUCCAGUUGUAUCACGCAAAGCUCGCUUUGUUGGCCUCGAUUUUGAUUUUAAGGAUAAGUACAUCUAUUACUCUGAUGUCCUUCAAGAUGUUAUCUACAGAAUCCAUCGCAAUGGAACAGGUCGAGAGAUUGUUCUAGCAUCUCAAAAUGAAGGCGUGGAAGGACUAGCAGUGGACUGGGCUGCAAAGAACUUGUAUUACAUUGACAGUCGUAAAGGAACACUUAAUGUAUUGAGUACUCGCAAUGUUACAUACAAGAGGACACUGCUCAAAAACCUGAAGAGACCUCGAGCUAUUGUAGUCCAUCCUAACAGAGGGUACAUAUUCUUCUCAGAGUGGGAUCGGCCGGCCAACAUCAGCAGAGCUCAUACAGAUGGUAGCAACCUCAUUGUGUUCCGAAAUGUGACUCUAGGUUGGCCCAAUGGACUUUCGGUAGACUUUCAGACUGAUAGACUUUACUGGUGUGAUGCUUUGCUUGACCAUGUACAACAUUCUAAUUUGGAUGGAACAGAUGUUCGAACGGUCAGCUCUCGGCUUAUACGACAUCCAUUCUCGAUAGUCAUUCACAAAGACUGGAUGUACAUCACAGACUGGAGACUGGAUGCCAUUAUCAAGCUGCAUAAACUGUCAGGAGAACUGGAAGAAGUUGUGGUGCGGGAGCCACAAACAAACCGUCUGUAUGGCGUGAAGGUAUACAGUGGCACUGUGCAGACCAUCGAUCAUAACCAGCCCUGUUCGGUUAACAAUGGCGGCUGUGAAAAACUCUGCUUUGCUGUUCCCAGGAACAGUGCACCAGGGCUGCAGGCAAAGUGUGGUUGCCCUUAUGGAGAGAGGUUAGUGGAGCCGGAGAACCAGACCUGUCAGGCAGACCCUAAUGCCGAGCCUCCAGUACAAGCCUGUCCCAAUGCCUGGGACUUCACAUGUAACAAUCAGCGCUGCAUACCCAAGGCAUGGGUCUGCGAUGGGGAUGAUGACUGCCUUGACAACUCAGAUGAAGAACAGAACUGCACUAAGCCUACUUGUGGCUCUGGAGAGUUCCAGUGUACUACAGGGCGCUGUAUUCCCGGUAGUUUCAAAUGCGAUUCGGAGAAUGACUGUGGAGACUUCUCAGAUGAGACAGGCUGUGUCAAUGUGACGUGUGCACUAUCGCAGUUUCGCUGUGAUAACAGUCGCUGUAUCCCUGCCACCUGGAAGUGCGACUCUGAGAAUGACUGUGGCGAUGGUUCUGAUGAAGGAGACUUCUGUACAGAAAAGACUUGUGCUUAUUUCCAGUUCACAUGUCCCAGAUCAGGACACUGCAUUCCUCAGUCUUGGGUUUGUGAUGGAGAUAAUGACUGCUUUGAUAACCAAGAUGAAGAGGGUUGUCCGCCCAUCACAUGCUCUGCAACACAGUUUAAGUGUUCUGAUCUCAAGCAGUGCAUUCAGGAAACAUACAAAUGUGAUGGCAUUCCAGACUGUAAUGAUGGGAGUGAUGAGCAGGGCUGUCCAUCUUUGGCACCUGAUCAGUGUGAUACAGAGAAGCAGUUCCAGUGUCAGUCUUCAGGAAUUUGUAUCCCUAACCUGUGGCACUGUGAUGGUACGUCUGACUGUGAGGAUGGUUCAGAUGAGCCUAAGUCUUGCGGAACGGUGGAUUGUGCAGCAGGCUUCUUCAAGUGUAACAAUUCUCAGUGUGUGUUCAAAGCGUACGUCUGUGAUGGGAAGAAUGACUGUAUAGAUGGCUCUGAUGAAGAUGCCAGACAUGCAUGUGGGCCCCCACCAUUUAGUUGUGGUUCGGGUGAAUGGCAGUGUCCAGGAGUAUCGGAGCGUUGUGUGAACUUGACCAAGGUGUGCGAUGGGAAAUUUGAUUGUCCAAAUGGUGCUGAUGAAGGAGGCGGCUGUGACCUAGAUGAAUGUGAACACCAAGGUGGCCUCUGCUCCAACAAUUGCACACAGACACCGUUGGGAGCCACAUGUACUUGUCCGGCCGGGGAAGUUUUGAAUGUUGACUCUUUCGAUUGUGAGGAUCUGAAUGAGUGUGAGCCCCCGGGUAUCUGCUCACAGCAGUGCACCAACACAAAGGGGAGUUACUACUGCAGCUGUGUUCCUGGAUAUACACUGGAACAAAACAAACAUGUCUGCAAGGCAAUUAAUCACAGUGCUGCAUUCCUUAUCAUCUCAAACCGUCACUCCAUCUUGGUGGCUGACCUCAAGGAGCAGGGACUAGAAAGAGUUCCGAUCAUUGUUGAAAAUGUUGUAGCAACAGCUUCUAAUAUGCACACUGGCACCAUCUUCUGGUCAGAUAUGAAACUGAAGAAGAUCUCCCGGUUAGACAGAGGAAGUGAACCGCAAGAGGUCAUAUCAAAUGGUUUGGAUCUAGUUGAGGGACUUGCGUAUGACUGGAUUGGAGGGAACUUAUACUGGUUGGACUCAAGACUCAAUGUAAUAGAAGUAGCUCAGGAGAAUGGGCUCAACAGGAUGGUUCUGCUGAAGGAGAACAUAACCCAGCCGAGAGGAAUGGCCCUAGACCCUAGCAAAGGAGCUCGGUGGUUAUUCUGGACUGACUGGGGAGAGAACCCUCGCAUUGAGCGAGUUGGAAUGGAUGGAACAAACCGUAGUGUCAUCAUCAGCACGAAAAUAUACUGGCCGAAUGGUCUCACCUUAGACAUCGCCAAUAAACGAGUGUACUUUGCAGAUUCAAAACUGGAUUUCAUUGACUUCUGCUAUUAUAAUGGCUCAGGACGUCAACAAGUCCUAGCUGGCAGCCAUUACCUCCUGCAUCCGCAUUCGCUUACACUGUUUGAAGAUACCAUGUACUGGACUGAUCGCCAGCUGAACCGAGUGUUAUCGGCACACAAGUUCCGUGGGAAGAAUCAGACAGUGGUAUCACAUCUUAUAUCCCAACCCCUCAGCAUCCAUGUGCAUCACCCUUCCCUACAACCUAAAGUCAGUGGUAACAGCCCCUGUUCAGGUGCUCCAUGUUCUCAGUUGUGCCUUCUGUCACCUUCUGCAUCUUCUGGCUACAGCUGCAAAUGUAAACCUGGCUACCGCCUCCAGCCUGAUGGGAAAUGUACUAUAGAGGAAGUGCCAUUCCUGAUGGUGAUGCGUGCAUCCCAGAUCAUUGAUGUGAGCUUGACUCCCGGUGACAAGACAAGUGGCUUCCUUACACCAGUUGUUGGAAUUGAAGGUGGAAUUCACAUAGACUAUGAUCGAAAGAAACAGGUCUUGUUCUGGGUCGAAGGCAAAGCUGACGACGAGGAGAAUUGCACAAUUUAUGUAAGUCCAUAUGGAGGUGGAAACAAGACAGAAUUCCUCGGAAAUGGUGAUUCUGGUAUAGUUGGAGCACCAUACACAAUAGCAUUUGAUUGGCUGGGCCGCAAUCUGUAUAUUGGUAACCGAAUGGCGUCGAAUUUUGAAGCAGUGAAAGUGGAUGGUAAAGUGAAGCAUCGAACUAUCAUCCUGGCUAAUGAUGGCAACAAGACCUCUGUUGCAAAGCCAAAAUCCAUGUGUCUGGAUCCUUUGGAUGGGAAGUUGUACUGGAUGGAUGAAGGAGGUUAUGGAGUUCCAUCCAAGGUUGGGAAGGUGAACAUGAAUGGAUCAAACCCCAUCAUAUUAGUAGAUGACAUAGAACGGCCAGAAGCUAUUACCAUCGACCUAAACACGAAGCUUCUCUAUUUCAGUGCUCAGUACCCAAGUUUUAUCAAAGUGAUGGAUGUGAAUGGAGGUAAUGUGAACACACUGCUAUCUGAAACCAGCAACAUCGCAUAUCCCAAGGCACUUGGGGUACUGGACAGCCGACUCUAUUACUUGGAUCCAUCAUAUGAAAAGAUUGAGAGAGUUGAUUUGCCUAAGGGAGAUAAUCCCAAGUUACUCAUAGACAACGAGGCAGAUCUGAAGACCUUCACAAUUUUCAGGAAGAGACCAAGUACAAAUCAUCCAUGCAUGAACAACAAUGGUGGCUGUGAACAGCUGUGCAUACCUCAUGAGGGUAGUACACGUGUAUGCAGCUGUUCUAUUGGCUACAAGAAGGAGAAUGAAGUUAGCUGCACUGCCUACAAAACAUUUGCUGUGGUUUCACAGUUGGACAUCACCCGUGGCUACAGCCUCAAGGACUCUGCAGAAGCAAUGGUGCCCAUCACAGGUCCAGGUCACCACAUCCUCCAUGUUGAUGUCCAUUAUGCACAAAAUUGGAUCUAUUGGGUCGAGUUUAACCGAGGAAUAUGGAACGGCAUUUUCCGCAUCAGACCAAAUGGUACUGAACUCCAGCCAAUAAUUAAGGAUGGAAUUGGAUCAAAUGGGAUUCGUGGCAUCACAAUUGACUGGAUUGCAGGCAACCUGUAUUUUACCAAUGUGUUUCCUCAUGAAAACUACCUUGAGGUGUGUUGGCUUGAUGGCUCCAAUAGGAUGGUGCUUGUUAAGACAACUACAGAUGCACCACGAGAACUUGCUGUCAACCCUGUUAAGAGGUACCUAUACUGGAUUGAUUAUGGCCAGUAUCCAAGGAUAGGAAAAGCAUUCUUGGAUGGCACAGGCUGGCAGCCAAUGGUGACUUCUGGAAUCAGCAACCCACGUGAUUUAACUGUUGAUAUGUUGACACAUGAAGUAUACUGGGUUGAUUCUAAGCUGGAUAUGAUCCAGAAGGUGGCCUUCAAUGGUGGAAAUAGACAGGUGAUCCGCCGCAACUUGCCAAAUCCAAUGGGUGUCGCUGUGCACAAGGGUGAUGUGUACUGGGUGGAUCGUAACCUGGCUUCAGUAUUCAAAGCUUCAAAAUUGGCUGGCAACACUUCUCUUCCAACUUCAGUGCGCACAAACUUACCUCGACUUCGAGAUAUUGCCAUCUUUGAUGUGGCAAAUCAACCGAUGGAUGAACAUAACCCAUGUCUGAGGUUGGGGAAUGGCGGAUGUGACCAGCUAUGCUUCUCCUUCCCAUUAGAGCCAGCCACGAUCGAGAAGACACAAUAUCGCUGUGCUUGUGCGACUGGUGAGCUGACUGUUACAUUAAGUGGUGGGGACGGACGGAAGUGUGACUCUGUGUCAGAGUUCCUUGUGUUUUCAACUCGCACUGAGAUCCGAGCAAUCAGUCUUGACCCACAUUCUACAAAUUUGCCCUUCAAACCAGUGGGGAAUCUGACAAAUGUUGUUGGCGUAGACUUUGAUUAUGCAGAUCAUAAGCUGCUCUUCACCCAGAUCAGGCCGUGGGCACGCAUUGCUUGGAUGUCCAGCACAGAACCCAGUGCCAGUAAUAUGCAGAAUAUUAUCAAUCGCGGUAUAAACCCUGAAGGAAUUGCAUAUGACUGGACACAAAAGAAAGUGUAUUGGACAGAUUCAUCCAACAACAGUAUCUAUGCCAUGAACAUGGAUGGAACAGAUCUAGUUAUGAUUGCUCGAGUUGAGCGUCCCAGGGCCAUUGUGGUGGACCCAUGCAAUGGGUCACUAUACUACACAGACUGGGGCCGUUUUGGAACGUCGGGUCGAAUAUUCAGAACAACAAUGGCUGGUUCUCUGAAGAAGGCUAUUGUGGAUAAAGAUCUGUCACAACCAAGUGGUCUGGCCAUUGACUAUGAAGACAGGAUGCUCUACUGGACAGAUGCUGUGAGGGAGAAGAUUGAGAGAGCCACAAUGAAUGGAACUAACAGAGAGGUUCUGGUUUCUGCAACCAUCUACCCAUUUGCAAUUACUGUCUAUGGUAACUACAUGUACUGGACAGACUUGCAACUGCGUGGAGUGUACCGAGCUGAAAAACACACAGGUGCCAACAUGAUAGAGAUGGUGAAACGUUUAGAAGACUCUCCAAGGGACAUUCACGUUUUCUCAAGCUCACGCCAGAAAUGUCAAGUUAAUCCAUGUCACAUCAACAAUGGAGGUUGUGCACAAUCUUGUCAUCCAGGACCUAACGGCACAGCUGAGUGUAAAUGUAAUGAUAGUAUGAAAUUGGUAAAUGAGAACCGAAUGUGCGUGGCCAAGAACCUGACCUGUGAAAACAACAAAUUCUUCUGCCGCAAUGGCAAGUGUAUCUCUCGGAUGUGGGCAUGCGAUGGGGACGAUGACUGCGGAGACAACAGCGAUGAAGAUGAACAGUACUGCACAUUCCAUUCUUGCAGCCCUAAUGAGUUCAGGUGUGCAAAUGGUCGAUGCAUAUUCCGAUCAUGGAAAUGUGAUCACGAAAAUGACUGUCGAGAUGGUUCAGAUGAGUUGGAUUGUAACUAUCCAGCAUGCGCUAAAGAAGAGUUCACGUGUGACAACCAUCGGUGUAUACCCAUGUCACAGGUUUGCAAUGGUGUGAAUGACUGCAAGGACAAUGUGACUUCAGACGAGACUCAUGAUCGCUGUCCACGCAACACAACUUGCCCAGUAAACCAUCUGAAAUGCGAGAAGACGAAUAUCUGUGUCGAGCCGUACUGGCUCUGUGAUGGAGACAAUGACUGUGGUGACAACAGCGAUGAGGAUGCACUGCAUUGUGCUCAGCGCACAUGCCCACAGAACAGUUUCAGGUGCCCAAAUCACCGUUGCAUCCCAGCAACAUGGUAUUGUGAUGGUGAUGAUGAUUGUGGAGAUGGAUCUGAUGAACCGCCAGAGUACUGCAAGUCUGAAGGUCGGACAUGCUUUGGUGAUUUGUUCACAUGCGAUAAUGGAAACUGUAUUCCUCGUAUCUAUAUCUGUGAUGGUGAUAAUGAUUGCCUUGACAACUCGGAUGAAGAUGAGAGACAUCAGUGCAAUGCUCGAACAUGUGAUGAAGAAACAGAAUUCACUUGCACAGAAAACAAGAUGUGGAACAGGGCGCAGUGCAUACCGCGCAAGUGGUUGUGUGAUGGUGAUCCUGAUUGUGUGGAUGGAGCAGAUGAGAAUGUUACAUUACACCAUUGUUCAAACCCUGUUCCUUGCAGUGAGGAUCAGUUCACCUGUAACAAUGGCCGUUGUAUAAACAAGGGUUGGCUGUGUGACCACGAUAAUGAUUGUGGGGAUGGUUCAGAUGAGGGCAAGUUUUGCAGCUCACAGUACAAGACCUGCAGCACUCUUGAGUUUGCAUGUCAGAACUUCAAAUGUAUUAGAACCACAUACCGCUGUGAUGGCGAAGAUGAUUGUGGUGACAACUCUGACGAAGUUAAUUGUCCCAAAAAAGAAAAGCCUCAGUGUGCACAAGGCCAGUUCAUGUGUAACAGCGGACAGUGUAUCGACUACCAUCUGGUGUGUAACAAGGUGUCAGAUUGCCCUGAUGACAGUGAUGAGCCACUUCAUUGUAACGUAGAUGAGUGCUCUAAAGUGGAAGUCCAUCAGUGUGGACAUAAGUGUGUGGACACUCUUACAGGCUUCUAUUGUGAAUGUAACCAGGGCUACAAGUUGCUUGAAGAUGGAAAAGCAUGUGCUGAUAUUAAUGAGUGUGUGGAGACACCUGGUGUGUGUUCACAGUACUGUUCAAACACACCAGGCUCAUACUAUUGCAAGUGUAAUGAACAGUAUUAUGAGCGGGCAACUGAUGAACACACAUGUAAGAGACGAGACAAGACUCGACCCUGGCUUGUCUUUACCAACAAGUACUAUGUUCGAAACAUGUCUCUAGAUGCUUCACAAUAUUCACUCAUUCAUCAGGACCUCAUGAACGUUGUAGCUCUUGAUUUUGAUUACAAAGAAGGUCACAUGUACUUCUGUGAUGUCAGUGCCAAGACAAUAUUCAGGUCACGAAUAGGAUCAUCAGAGCCAAAAGAGCCUGUUAUCCGCCAUGACAGCCAUGGUCUUGAGGGAAUUGCUGUAGAUUGGGUUGGUCGCAAAUUGUACUGGCUUGACCGACACAGCAAACAGCUGGAUGUCGCUGAGCUUGAUGGCACUCGACGCAAAACCCUUAAAAUUGGCAUUGCUGAUCCUCGUGCCCUCGCUGUUCACCCUGGAACUGGUUAUUUAUACUUCACCAGCUGGCAUCUGCAGGCAUUUAUUGGUAAGAUGGGAAUGGAUGGUUCCAAUUUUACAAGAAUUCUUACAUGGGAAAAUGACAUCGCAUGGCCGAAUGCCCUCACCAUUGACUAUUUCACGGAUCGCAUCUACUUUGCUGAUGCUCACUUGGAUUAUAUUGCUUUUACUGAUCUGGAAGGACACCAUCGUCAUGUUGUGCUUUCGGGUCAAAAGGUGCCCCACGUGUUUGCUGUUACACUGUUUGAUGACUACCUCUACUGGACUGAUUGGAAUCUCAAGGCCAUCGGCAAAGCCAACAAGUUCACAGGCAAAGACUUGGCGAUAAUCCGAAACACAACUCAUCGUCCAUAUGACCUGCACAUAUACCAUCCACUGCGACAACUGCCGUAUCCUAAUCCCUGUGGAAACAACAAUGGUGGAUGUUCACACCUUUGCUUGAUCAGUCCGAAACCGAAGUCUGGCGAUGAUCCAGUUCCUACAGGCUUCGGAGAGGGAGAGGGUCCGGUGACGUACAUAUGUGCCUGCCCGAAUCAGUUCUACCUCUCACCACAGGAUAACAAGACCUGUAUUGCAAACUGCACAACCGGACAGCACCGCUGUGGUGGAAAUGAUGAUAAAUGUAUACCGUGGUUUUGGAAAUGUGAUGGCGAGAGGGACUGUAAGGAUGGCACAGAUGAGCCAUCCACAUGCCCCGAACGUAACUGCCGUGCGGGAAUGUAUCAGUGCAGUAAUGGGAACUGUACGGCAUCAGCCACCAUCUGUGAUGGUGUGGAUGACUGUGGAGAUGGCUCUGAUGAAAAGAACUGUGAUUUACCUUGUCCUGAAUUGGAAUUUAAGUGCAAGUCUAAUGGCCGCUGUGUGCUGAAUGCUUGGAAAUGUGACGGAGAUGCCGAUUGCAAAGAUCGCAGUGAUGAAUCUCCAGAAAUGUGCCAUAACAAAGAGUGUGAUCCUGGAACAGAGUUUGCAUGUAAAAAUGGACGCUGCAUCCCAAAACUGUGGAUGUGUGAUUUUGAUAAUGAUUGUGGGGAUGACUCGGAUGAACCCGCAUAUAUGUGCAGGCAGCGUAACUGCACUACUGGGUGGCAGCGAUGUCCUGGACCUGCCAACUACCGGUGCAUCCCCAAGUGGCUCUUCUGUGAUGGCAAGGAUGACUGCCGUGAUGGAAGUGACGAGCUGCCACAGAACUGUCCCAAGUGCCAUGAAACUGGAGAUUUCCGGUGCACGAACAAUCGGUGCAUUCCCAAACGAUGGCUGUGUGAUUUUGAGAACGAUUGCGGUGACAACAGUGAUGAACAGGAUGCCCUGUGUCACGGUUCUUAUCGUGAAUGCUCAGAAUCAGAGUUCCGUUGUGCCAACAAUAAAUGCAUUCCUAACCGGUGGCGCUGUGACCUUGAUGAUGACUGCGGUGACAACUCUGAUGAAGUGAACUGCUCUGGCUUUCAGUGCAAGAAUGGGACAUUCCAGUGUGCGAGUGGACACUGCAUUGCCUCGUACUUCCGCUGUGAUGGAGAUAGAGACUGCAGAGACAUGAGCGAUGAGAUGCACUGUCCUCCACGGUUUCCUGGUGGCCGGUAUUGCCCCGACAGCAAAUUUGAAUGUGGCAAUCAUUUGUGCGUAAACCAGGGAGAUCUCUGUGAUGGGACGGAUGACUGUGGUGACAAUUCUGAUGAGAGCCCCAGCCUGUGUAUGAACUUCAGUUGCGAUGCACUCAAAAGAUUCCAAUGUGAAAACCAUCGUUGUGUACCUCGCUACCAGCUGUGUGAUGGAGUUGAUAACUGCGGUGAUGGUAGUGAUGAAAACAACAUGACUUUAUGUGCUAGUCGUGUCAAACCAUGCAAUCUCUAUGCCGAGUACCAGUGUGCAAACAAGAAGUGCAUUGACCGUGGCCGAGUGUGUGAUUUCGCCGAUGACUGCGGAGAUUCUUCUGAUGAACUUGGUUGCCAUCACACAAAAACAUGCACAGAAGACAAUAGGGGAGGCUGUGAGCACCACUGCACGAACCUUAGUGAUGGAGGCUACAUCUGUGCCUGCUACUCAGGUUUCAUCAUCUCUCCAGAAAAUAGGAAGAAGUGCCUAGAUGUUGAUGAAUGUGCGACUGGGGUUCACAGGUGCUCACAACUGUGUACGAACUUGAAUUCAACAUAUGAAUGCUCAUGUCGCAAAGGGUUCACUCUCUCUGAUGGAAUGAGUGGUGUAUGUAAGGCAGACAACCCUGAAGUAAUGCUUCUCUUUGCUAAUGGCCCGGAGAUUCGUUCAUACAACUUGCUGGAACGCCGCCAGUUGGAUGUGAUACAAGACGAGAAGAGAAUAGAGGCCAUUGAUUAUGAUCCGAACACAGAAAUUAUCUUCUGGGCAGACUCUUACGAAAAAACCAUCAAGCGUUCCUACAUGGUCAAUGCUCAGAAAGGAGAUGUGAAAGUCGGCUUUGCACAAGAUCUUAAUAUGAAAGGUAACUCAAAACCUACCAGCCUGGCUGUGGACUGGGUAGCAAAUAACCUAUAUUGGACAGAGACUGAUCGCUCUGGUUCGAAGCCACGUGGACGUGUUAUGGUUGCUAAAACCGAUGGUCGAUACCGGCGUGCAGUCAUCAAUACGGGCCUGGAAUCACCUACAUCUGUGGUUGUGGAUCCACAGUUAGGCCGUAUGUACUGGACUGAUGCAGGGGCUGCUCCAAAGAUUGAAUCGUCAUGGAUGGAUGGCAGUAAACGACGACCCUUGGUCACUACUGGCAUUCGACAUCCAACAGGCCUGGCUGUUGAUUAUGCUAUGGAUCAUGUGUUAUACUGGGUUGAUUCGAAGCUGAACACCAUUGAAAUGGUGAAGCAUGAUGGCAGCAACAGGAUUCUUGUGCUCCACGGAGAGGCACUUCAUCAUCCAAUCUCACUGGAUGUGUUUGAGAGCACCAUGUUCUGGAUAACACGGGAUGCUGGCGAAUUGAUGAAGCAGGAUAAGUUUGGUCGUGGAGUGCCUGUUGUCAUCACAAAGGACUUGGUGAACCCCUCAGGAGUGAAGGUGUAUCACGUGCAGCGUUACAACACAACGAUCAGUAACCCGUGUUAUAGCACUCCAUGCACCCACUUGUGUCUCAUUGUGCCGGGUGGACAUCGAUGUGCAUGUCCAGACAACUCAAACUUGCGCGACAAUGGCAACGAAGUCACGUGUGAUGCUGCAUCUGAACGUCCUCGUCCGUCUCCACGAGUCUGCAAGUGCCAAAAUGGCGGCGUCUGUCAAGAGGAUGAUUCAGGUGGCCUAACUUGCCAGUGUCCCAUGGACUUCCAUGGUGAAUUCUGUGAUGAUUAUGUGAGGAAAGCACCUGUCCCAGGCACCGGUUCCAACACGGCCGCUAUUGUUAUUCCGAUUGUCGUCAUCCUCUUGAUUCUUCUUGCAUCGGGAGCAGUAUACUUCGUUCUUCGCAAGAGGCCGUUUGGAAAGGGCACUGGUUUGGGUGGACUCUCAAAUUCACAGAGUGUUUCCUUCCGUCAAGGCACCAAUGUUGAGUUUGGAACCCCAACUUUUGCCACCAAUGGCCCACAGGGUAGAAUGGAGCCCAUGGAUGUGGAGUAUAACAUGGGAGAUAUAGGUGCUAAGAACAGAGACUUCAGUAAUCCCAUGUAUGACGCAUUGGACGGAAGUGGUCCGACAGGUAAUGGGGGCAGUGGUGGAGGUAUCUACGAGGUGCCUUCUGAUGUAACCAAGUCAAAAGUUACGGCUGGUAACGGGGAAGUAGAAGUGUUGCCACAUCCUGAACCAGCAUCUGCUGUCCUUGCACCAUCAAGUGUCAUACAGCGGUCAUCCCCCCAGAUCCAUAUCCGACAUAGAGAAUUGGAUCCAAGCUCAACUGAUACAGGCAAAGACACACAGAAACUGGUUGAGGAGGACAAGUCUGAGUGCUAAUUGUUGUUUAGGAGUAAACCUUCAAAAUGUGGCUUAGAGCACGGGUGCUGGACUGACAGCUGGAGAGAGUUCAGUGGAACUGCAUGAGGACGUAAUAGACAGAAUGAAUGUGUAUGAAGAUUUUGAUCCAGUGAUCCAUCUGUUAGAGUUAAAUGUUGACAUCCUGUCUUAUGGUCCCUCCUAAAAUAGCACACCAUCACAUGACUACAGUGUACAAUUCCUAGUUUCUCCUUAAUGUAAAGUUGGAUGAUUUCAAUACCUGUUUAUAUGCAGAUUACAGAAAUGUUCUAACAACCACCAUUUUUUCUUUAGAAAACUGGAUCUAUUAUUUGUUUCAAAAAUAUAAAAAGUUAUAGCAUCUUGCAAAGAUUUGACCUGGAGAGUGGCACAUUAACAGCUGCUGGUUAAUCUAACUCCAGACAUCACUCACAUGUUGAUCACAUGAUCAUCAUGUUGCAUACUGAUUACUUUAAAAAUUGCCUCAGUAAAUCUGGCUACCUUAUGAGUUGUUAUAUAUUAAGUUUUAAUCCUUUCCUUGAAGAAUGGUGCGUGAUGUGAAAUGGUGGAGCUCAGAUUGCAUUAAUCAAAUGCACAUUGACUGAAGUCGCCUAUUUUUCAUUAAAGGAGAAAACAAGUUGCUUGUUUUGUUGUACAUUGCUAUUAGUUGCUGUGAGCACUUGAGUUACCCUUUAGGUAUGCACUCAAAAUGCAGUGAGAGGAGAAUUAGCUAAGGGUUUGGCAAUUUUUUUUUUUUUCAUAUUUAUUAGCGCAAAAAAUGUCAGGUCUCACGUUGGAAAAGUCUGAUUAAAGAAAAAAAACACAAAAAGGGAUUGAUCUAGAAACAUUCCAUAUUUUACAUUGUACCUACAUGAAACUGUAAUAUUUUUAAUAUUAAAAUUGCACUAUGAUCAUAUAUGUUAAGGACAAUUUGUAAAGCAAAGAAAAGUUCCUUAACGUAUUUUAAGAAGAGGACCAGGACUCAUGUGUUAACUCUAUAUUUUGAAGAACUUGUGUUGUGUAAUGCUGUUUGAGGUGUGGAGUGGAAUGGAUGAUUUUUGAGCUGUGACACGGAGGCGAGGAUUUUACCUGCCAGCUCCAAGUUUGCCCAAUAAUGACACAGCAUUAUGGCUUACAGCUAUGUGCAUCUUGACUACAUUCAUUACAGAAAAGUAAAAGUUAAAAAAAGAAAUUUUUUUUUUUUACAAAUUUCAUGACUGAUGAAUAAAUAAGAGAUAUUGAAAAUAUUUUUAUAUUGGUCGAGGUAAAUGUUUACAUGCCUAGAGGAGCUGAGAGGGUGUUACAAUCUUGCAAUCUUGCAAUGUUGUGUUGUGUAUAUAUAUAUUUGAAACAUAUGUAAAUUUAAUUUAGAAAGAGACUCAUCAUAGUCCUGGAAAAUAUUUCUUCUUUCCAAGGUCUGUUGCAUAUUUGUCAAAAAACUAAAAGGAUUAUUACCAGUCUGCAGGUCGGAUCUUCAUUCCUGCUGUCUCUGACAUUGGUUCGCUUUUAUAGCCAGUCUGUGAGAUGUCACGCAUUAUGUAACAUUCCAGAAUCACAUGUAAUUUAUUUAAUUGCAGUACUGACACAUUUCUAUGCUUUAUCGUGCACUGCAGGAUAAACAGUUUAUACAGAGGGUUUAUAAAUUAGCUUGAACUUCUGAACAGUCAUAUGCAGCAAUAAAUACAUAAUAAAAUUGACUGUGGUAGGCAUUUUUUUCCCCAUUGAAUUUUGUAGUGUCACAAAUGUUCUAUGUGGUGGCCUUAUGUAAUGCAGGCAAUGCUCCGUUUUACUGAUACUUACCAUGACAACAGUUGCAAGAAUCUAUACUCCAUAAUUCAUCAAGUGUUUGUGGAAGGUGGGACCAAUUUGAUCCUCGAUCCAGCCCCCCCAGAGGAAUCUGUAGUGGCAAAAUCAGGUGACUGAUUGGGCUAAGCAGUGUGCCCUGCUUGACCAAUCAGUGUGGCAGGGAACAUGUAUUCCACAGGUUUUCCGUUGACCGUAUCCCUGCCAUUGAUGUGGAAUGUGGCCUCAUCACAGGCUUAUAGGUCAUAGCUCAUCUCUAGCUCAUCACAAACUGACUGUUCAGAAGUGUGACCUAAUUUAGAAAGACUUAGUAUAACACUGUGCAUAUAUCAAAAUGAGACCGUCCAUCACGUGUUGAUACAUUCCUUUCUUAUCAUUCCAGCAUGGUAUGUUCUUAAAUAUAAGGACUUGAGAUGAAGUGGAAAUGUUUAAUAUAAUAAUUAUUUUAAAAUAUUGUACAGAACUGUUUUGUGUGUUUGUGUGUGGGGGGGCUGGGAUGGGAGGGGGGGAUGGUCCUUGAACUGUGGAGUAUCUUCAGGGAGUUAGUUAGAUACUUCAUCUAUUUUAUUUCCAUUAUCUGUGAGAAAUUAUUUUGUGGAUUUUAUACAGUUACAUUUAACAGAUGACAUAUACACCAUACAUUGCAUUGUUAAGUUUGUCUGCAUUAUGUACUUAUGAUAAUCUAACUAAAACCCUGCGGGUAAGACCACGCUAAAUUUUUGUACAGAUUAUAUAAUCUACUUGUACUGAGAGCGAAAUAAGUUUUACAGUAAAGAUAACCCAUUGGGUUGUGUUUUUCA